AUGAUUGAUAAAGAAGCAAAAUAUGAUAGACAAUUAAGAUUAUGGGAAACUAUAGGACAACUGAAAUUAGAAAAUAGUCAUAUAUGUUUAAUUAAUGCUACUUCAACUGGUUCUGAAAUUUUAAAAAAUUUAAUAUUACCAGAAAUUGGAGAAUUUACAAUAAUUGAUAAUAGAAAUAUUACAAAAGAAAUAAGUUCAUCAAAUUUUUUUAUAAGAAAUAAUGAUAUUGGUAAAAAUGUUGCAUUAUGUGUUACAAAGAAUUUAAAUGAAUUAAAUUCAGAUGUAAAAGGAUAUCUGAUUAAUGAAUCAAUUGAUUCUCUACUUGAAAAAUCUGAAUUUUGGAAUCAAUUUAAUUGUGUUAUUAUAAGUGAUUAUAUCCCUAAUUUACAACAAUUAAUAAAUUUAUUAUGGUCAAAACAAAUACCAAUAUUAAUAGUAAAUACUAUUGGAUUUUAUGCAUCAUUAAAUUUAUUAUCUAAUGAAACUACAGUAAUUGAAACUCAUGAUCCUUCAAGAUUAUAUGAUUUAAGAAUUGAUCAACCAUGGGAAGAACUUCAAGAAUUUUCAGAUUCUUUUGAUUUAGAAAAAAUGGAUGAUCAAGAACAUAGUCAUAUUCCAUAUAUAGUAAUAUUCAUUAAAGCAUUACAAUAUUGGAAAAAAACUUAUGGAAAAAAUCCAUCAACAUAUAAUGAAAAAAAAUUGUUUAAAUCAUAUAUUGAAUCAUUAUCAAGAAAUAUAAAUUUAGAAACUAAUUUUAUUGAAGCUUUACAAUCAUGUCAUAGAGCUUUUCAAAAAACAGAAAUUCCAGAAAGUAUUAAAAAUUUGAUAACCAAUAAUAAUGUAAAUAAAGAUUCAACAAUAUUUUGGAUAUAUAUAGCAGCACUUUCCAAAUUUAUUGAAAAAUAUAAUGUAUUACCAUUACCUGGAAAUUUACCAGAUAUGGCAUCAAAUUCAGAAAAUUACACCAAACUUUCAAAAAUUUAUAAAUCAAAAGCUGAAAAAGAUCAAGAAUUAUUUACAAAUGAAGUUUAUGAAAUUUGUAAAGAAAUUGGGAAAUCAACUGAAUUUAUAAAUAAAGAAUCUAUAAAAAGUUUUUGUAAAAAUACUCAAUUAUUAUUUGUUACAAUUGGAUCAAAAGAUUUAAUUAAUUCAAAAUUGAUCAACCAGUCUAAUAAUGAAUUUAUUUCAAUUUAUUUAUCUAUAUUAACAUUUAAUUCAUAUAUUGAUAAAUAUAACGAAAAACCAAAUAUAACAGAUCUUGAAAAAUUUAUUGAAUUAUUUAAAGAAUUAUCAUCAGAAAUUUCAGAAUCAACCCUCAACAUAAUAAAAGAAAUUUUAAAUCAUAAUACAAGAGAUUAUCAUAAUAUAAGUUCAUUUAUGGGAGGAAUUGUAAGUCAAGAAAUUUUAAAAUUAACAACUGCUCAAUAUAUUCCAUUAGAUAAUUUAUUUAUAUUUGAUGGUAUAAAAUCAAGUAGUGAAAGAUUUAAAAUUUGA